UUGUUUACUAGUAUAUGAGAUUGGAAGAGUAAGAAGUUUAAAACAAAAAUGGAUGUUAAAAAUACUGAACCCGGAGGAAUGUUUGACGCAAUACAAAAUGUACCCGCGAUGCCGUCGAGUGUAAUUCUUGGGAAUGUUAUUGAAAGGAAGUUUGACGCUAAAAAAUAUGAAUUUAAAAUGGUAUCUAGGUUAUCUCCUGAUAUUCCAGAAUCUGGCUUUCCAAAAGCCUUUGUCUCUGACAACAAGAGUGCAGAAGGUGGGAAAAGUUUAUUUUGGCAGAAAGUAUCGAGAAAACGAGCAGAUGUUGAAAAGCUGAACGAAAAAAGAAAUAUUGAUACAAAGGAAAGUAGCAAUAUACCUGAUGCGAACGAGAUCCACGAGUUAAGUGUUCAAAAAUUAAAUUCCAUGAGCAAAGAAGACAUUCUGCAAGAAAAAGCAAAGUUGGAAGCUUCUCUAAGCCCAGAUUUGAUAGAAUUUAUUAAGAAUAGGAAAAGAAAGCAAAAUGAUAUGAAAGAAAGUCUUCACUUUGAAAAACAUACGAUAGAUUCAGAGCCAAGCACUUGUUCACCGAGUCAUGUCCUAGAAUCGCAUAAGAUUCCUAAAUCUGUGAAGGAUUCUGAUGUAAAACAAUGUAACACAAAUCUCGAAAAUAUGUGCAUCGAUUCAGAUCAAGAAUUAAAUAAUACGAACAAUAAUGAACUGCCAAAACCUUCCGUAGAAAUGUUUGAGACAGCCAAGCAGGAAGGCUGGGUUCAUAUGGAUACUAUUGAACCUGAAAAAUUAAAGUGGAUGCAAGAUUUACCCACUGAAAAUAAUAAAGAUCCUCUUCCUGAAGAACCAUAUAAUGCAAGGUUCAAUUUUAAAGGUAUAUUGCUUCCAUAUAAAGACAAAAACCUUACAGUAGAUAAAGGUCUUCAUCAUCACGGUGAAGAACCUGAUCGCCCAGGAUAUUCCCUUCAAGAAUUGCUGCAACUCAGUCGUUCGUCAACUCCACAGCAGCGAUGUACUGCUAUUAAUACAUUAGCCAAUAUUAUGGAAAAUACUCGGAAGGGUUGGUAUGACAAAGCACUGCAACCAAGCCUAUUAUCAACAUUAAAUCAACGAAACCUUUUACUGCUCUUAAGAUUUUCUUUGGAUGACACAUCUGUGGCCGUAGUUACGGCAACGUUGCAAGCAUUACGAGCAUUUUUGUUUAGUGAAGUGGAUGAAGUAUGUUUAGAUAAACUGCUGGCUUCAAAUUAUUAUUCAGAACCUAUAUUAUUACCUCCACCGACGGAUGUAACUGAUACAAGUGCUUUAAAAGAUCAUGAGUUGGCACAGAUUGAUACCGUUGCCACUGCUUUAAGAUCUGAAAUUGUUAUGCGGAUAAGGUAUAUUCUCAGUGAAAUACAUCCACCUCCAAUUGGAGUAAUAGCUGCAUUGGACAUUUUAACACGUCUUGCGAGACAUUCGCAAAAAGUUGCUUUGGAUAUUGCAAAUUUUCCGUAUCUCUUGGAAACUAUUGUUCAGAAUUUUAUACCAUUAUCUACUGACAAAUUAACAAACCAAGCCAAGAUUGAUAAUUCGUACGGAGUUCCAGUAGCUGCUGCGAUUCGAUUGUGUCGUGUUUUAGUAACAUAUGCUGGGAGAGUAGUUGCUGAGAAACUGGACAAUAUGAAAAUAAUGCAUUCUAUUUUGUCAUACAUAAAUUGUGACACGAGUCAACAUGGAGUUCAUGUGCGCAUCGAAAGCUUAAGGUUAUGGAACAUUUUGCUGAAGCAUAAGGUGUCUUUAGACAGCACCAGUGGUGCACAAUUAACACUAAUAUCUCAACUACAAUUACUUUUAUGUAACAACAACCUUGAAGAUGCUUCUGAAUUAACUUGCGAAUAUGCAGUUGCUCUUGUACUCAUAGCUGCUCAUGAGUCGCCGUUAAAACGAUUCAUUACACCUUUACUAUUCAAGUGGAGUACUCAGUUAGCAUCAGCAUCUGUAAUUACUCGAUGCAGUACAAUUUUAAUUGCCCAAACUUUAUUGUGUGCUGAUGACAUCUCGUUCAUGAACCCAUCAUGGAUAUCAAAUAUAAAGAUAUUCUCCAAUCUUUGUGCAACUUCAAAUUUACUCAGUGGGUUUGCGUUGCCAAGUGAACGAGACCCAUCAUCUCUUCCCAGUCUCGGAGUCCUUACCGAAGGUGGAAAAUUGCAACCAGUGGUAUCCCCGAUGUCUUGUAUCCCAUUUCUGUCAACGGUAUUAAGUGUUUAUAGCAAGUCAUUAUGCAAGACGGAAUUGCGUAGAAUUUUUAGUGUACCCGAUUUUAUUGGCUACCUUCGAAGACUCGAAAGGACUCAAUGGUGCUUGGAAAAAUCCUGGUUCACGCGAAUAGAACUUGGGCUGUUAACAGCUAUCGUCGAAUGCGGAAUUCUUCUAGGAGACGACUUAGAUGACGCUUUGAAACAGCUUAUAUGGAAAUUAGCUAUUAAACUUGUAGCAGCGUUGCCAGCAGAUGCUCCGCAAGAUGUCAGGCAAAUGCUGGGAGUUGCCUUGCCCAUAGAGAAGUUUAAAAUAGGGAUCCUGUCAAACGUCCUGAGCAGAUUAAAUUUAGACGUAGAAGAGGGAAUCAUUGAACUCGACUUACCAUAUAAUUUGGUAGCAUACUACGAGGUCUACGUCUCUAUAAAUGGCAGUUGGAAUCAGGCUGCGAUGCCAAAGGAUUGGCUGUAUCUGCCAUUAAUAAACCUCCAUGCCAAGUGCAAAGAGGGUUACGAAUGCAACGAAAAUGACAGAAAGGUCAUUAGCACUUUGUUGAGUCUCGAGCUGACAUUGCCAGAAUUAAAUCAAGGAUUGUCCCCCAAUUUGAGAUUCAGUAGACUCUUGUUGGUAUAUUUAUGCGACACUUUAUUCUUGUACAAAAAUGUGUCUGCACUGCUUUCGCAGGCUAUUUCGGAUUUGGUUAAAAAGCAUUACGAGGAGAUUGACUUUACGGUUGAAGUGCCUGGAUUGAGCUCCUUCACGGAUUUGUAUACUGCUUUGUGCGAACACUUCUGUGGCGUUUCGUAUGGCGACUCGGGAUUUGCAGCUGCUUUGUUGGUACCCAUUGCACAAAGGCAUGAUGUACAUUACAGGAAAUUAUUAUGGUCGGAGCAUGCUGGAGCUUUGAGGUCUCUACGCUUACCCUCCGAUAAACUCAUUGUACCUUUGAAAGAGUAUCUGUUCCCUCUUGAAGAGGACACGUCGUUAAUAAAUUCCUACAUGACUGCUCUCGUCAGAGGAACAAUCCAAAAGGAAUGGUCUCCGAUUCCAUUCUUAAUUGCCUUGCAUCAUUCCGCAAUGUAUCUAAAACGUACCGAUGCACUCGCUAUCAAAAUGAGAACACAGGUCGAGAGGCUAAACAAUCCUAAACUAGUGGAGCAAUUGUUGCAUUAUGUUCAACCAGAACUGUGAUGGUGAUUAGGUUUUUAUUUCAAU